AAGGGACUCUGACUAGCUAGCUCUUGCCAGUCGGGCUGCAGAGGAACGGCCCCGAGGUGGAUGGGACUGGAGCCGUGAGAGGUCUGCGCGCCCGGCCGAAGGCGAGCGGCCGCAGAACUGCUGUCCGCAGCCGGAAGGGGGCCGCGGGGAGCGCUCCUGCCCGGCUGCGGCGGGGGCGAGGGAGGCCGCGCGGGCCCACUCCUUGCAGCCUGGGCGAUGCCUGCUCGUCCUGCGCGCCGCGGUUGAUGCGGCGCGUGCACGACGCCGCCCGCACCGAGACCAGGGCAGGCUCGCUCGGCUUGGCUGCCCUCCAGCGCUUCGGCCUAGGAUUUCAGAUGCAUGCCAGGUUUCUACUGAUUGCCAGAAUCCGAGAUCACUACACAUGGAUCCCCAAAAUCAACAUGGCAGUGGCAGUUCCUUAGUUGUGAUCCAGCAGCCUGCUUUGGAUAGCCGUCAGAGAUUAGACUAUGAGAGAGAGAGUCAGCCUGCUGCUAUUUUGUCCUUAGACCAAAUCAAGGCCAUCAGAGGCAGCAAUGAAUACACAGAGGGGCCUUCCGUGGUGAAAAGACCUGCUCCUCGGACAGCACCGAGACAAGAAAAGCAUGAAAGGACUCAUGAAAUCAUACCAAUUAAUGUGAAUAACAACUAUGAGCAUAGACCUACGAGCCACCUGGGACAUGUGGGACUUGCAAAUACUGCCAGGGGCCCCAUUUUGAGCAGAUCAACCAGCACUGGAAGUGCAGCCAGUUCUGGGAGCAACAGCAGUGCCUCUUCUGAGCAGGGACUGUUAGGAAGGUCACCACCCAGCAGACCAGUCCCUGGUCACAGGUCCGAAAGGGUGAUUCGGACCCAGCCCAAGCAACUGAUUGUGGAUGACUUGAAGGGUUCCUUGAAAGAGGACCUAACACGGCACAAGUUCAUUUGUGAACAGUGUGGGAAGUGCAAGUGUGGGGAAUGCACAGCUCCCAGGACCCUGCCAUCCUGUUUGGCCUGCAACCGGCAAUGCCUCUGCUCUGCCGAGAGCAUGGUGGAGUAUGGAACCUGCAUGUGCUUAGUCAAAGGCAUCUUCUACCACUGCUCCAAUGACGACGAAGGAGAUUCUUACUCGGAUAAUCCUUGCUCCUGUUCACAGUCCCACUGCUGCUCUAGAUACCUGUGUAUGGGAGCCAUGUCUCUGUUUUUACCUUGCUUACUCUGUUACCCUCCUGCCAAGGGAUGCCUGAAGCUCUGCAGGGGGUGCUAUGACUGGAUCCAUCGCCCAGGGUGCAGAUGUAAGAACUCCAACACUGUGUAUUGUAAGCUGGAGAGCUGCCCUUCCCGGGGUCAGGGGAAACCGUCAUGAUUUUUGGAGGUGGGUUGGACCUCCUGAACUUCUAGCUUUCAAGUUGUGGCUGUUCAAAAAGAUCCUAUUAGAUACUGAUGUUCUUUCCCUUAAGAGUUGUUUCCUGUUUCCUGCCUUCUCUUCCUCUGUUCCCAAGGUUUGACUCAUGGAUUUUACUAUUCUCUCGUGGAUGAUCAUCAGCUAGAGUGGACUGUGAAACUGCACCUGGCUCCCAGGUGGGACAAGAGCCUCUACAUCCACUCGAGAGGGUAUUGAGAGCUGGUGGGCUUCUGUGUAGCCUUUUUUGUUCUGCAAGCAACUUUCCAAAGUUGUAUGUGUGCACAUACACAUAAAACCCAGACGACAGUGGUUUAGAGCUGUUUUUGAUUGGGUACUGUGGGAACAGGGAGAUUUAUUUUAAAGAAGCAACCGUUGAAUUGCUUUUAAAUAAGCUAUGUGUUAAAUCUGUCUCCAAUUAGGGCUAUCUUAGCAUUGGACCCUUAAGUAGAAUGGGAGAUAUAUUUUUGUUAUAGCAUAAAAUUUUUUCUUUAACCACUGCCCCCUUCUUUUUGUCUUUCAAAGUUCUCUCCCCUCAGUUUUGGUAUUAUCUUACUGUGGAGGUGCCAGGUGUUAAACGUUUUGUUUUUCUCUCUGCUUUCUACGUGAUUUUAGCUUCGCUUUAUAUUGUAAAUCUUCACAUUGGAGAUAUGUUGGUUGUAUCUUGCUCGUCCUUAUUCUAGCUUUCAUAUUUGUGAAGGACACAACCACCUUCCUUCUACACCCCACGUUCUUCACCAAAUUUUGGUUGUCAUUGAGGGCACUUGGAUAACUGAGGCUGACAGUUACAGCUGAUCAAUCUAUAGGUGUCACAGAACUAUGCUGCCUGAAGUGAGCUUGGCUGCUCAGUGGUCCUUUUGGCCCCUUGGUUAGUUAACAGCUGAGUAAUGCUAAUCUUUUCUGUGUUUUCAUUGCCUUAACCACAAAUUGUGGUGCUUUUUGUAUAUUUUAUGUAUAAAUCACAAAGUUGAAUUCUGACUAUUUUUAAGACAAAAGUCUGUUAAACUUUUUUAUUGUAAAGAAUAUUUAUUAUGCGAAUCUCUAUUAUUUUAUGAUAUUUAUUGCAAAAGACUGUUCAAAUGUACUCAUGUCUGAAUAUUACAAAAUAUCAAUACUUAACAGAAAAUAAGGUGACACGAAGAAAGUACAUAUGUUAACUAUAAUGCAGAAAAUAUAUUAAUUAAUGAAACUGUC